UGAAGGCAUCUCGGCUGGACUCGAGCUUAAAGGACCUGCUGUCGUAAGGGAAAGUCGAGACAGACUUGGAGCAGAAACAAUGAUUGCCCUCAGACAGCUGUCCCUGGAAGCAAAGGCCGCUUUGGCGGCGGCCGCGGUCUUCUUCUCCAUGAUGGUCUCCCGCACCUACCUGUCGGGGAACCUGGAGAUCGGGGCCCGGCGCUGGCUGUUCAGGCUGCAGUUGGCCCUGUUCGCCAACGCGCUGAUGCUGAUCGGCUCCUUGUACAUCUGGAGGAGCACGGUCACUGCCCUCUACCGCUCCCCUGCCGCCGAGGGGGUCUGCUUUUGGCCCUGGAAGGCGGCUAUCUUGACCUUCCUGGGCCUGGCGCACGCCAGUUUCUUCACAAUGCUCUUCCUCGUGGCCGAGGAGCCCUACUUUUUCUCCAUGGCGGCCUACUCUAGUCUCGGCGCUUAUAUCAUUAUGAUUUUCUUUCUCUUCAUCCUGGGCUGCAUGGAGCAGGGUUACCAGCUCUUGGCCUGGAGGGGGGGCAGGGCCGGCGGAAGCCUCGACAAGAGCAGGAAGUCGCUGCUGAAGCCGGUCCUGGCUGUGCUCGUGACCGCCGUGCUCAGUGUGAUGGGGCUCCUCAACGCCGCCCAGCCUCCGGCCGUGAAGACCGUGGAGGUGCCCGUUCCCCGGCUGCCCCCGGCCAUGAACAAUCUGAAGAUCGCGCUGCUCUCGGACAUCCACCUGGGCCCCACGGUGGGCAGGACCAAGAUGGAGACGUUUGUGCGGAUGGUGGGGGCCCUCGAGCCGGACAUCACGGUGAUCGUGGGGGACCUCUCGGACUCCGAGGCCUCCGUCCUCAGGACGGCCGUCGAGCCCUUGGGGCGGCUCCGUUCCCGCCUGGGCACCUACUUCGUCACGGGGAACCACGAGUACUACACGUCCGACGUCAACAACUGGUUUGAGCUUCUCAAGUCCCUGAAAGUCCAGCCCCUUCACAACGAGAACGUGAAGGUGACCGCCUCGGGGACCGCGGCAGCCGGGGGAGGGGGGGACUGGCUCUGCCUGGCCGGCGUGGAUGACAUCGAGGCGGACGUCUUGCAUUACUCCGGCCACGGCAUGGACCUGAACAAGGCUUUGGACGGCUGUAGCCCCGACCACGUCACCGUCUUGCUGGCUCACCAGCCCCUGGCGGCCAAGUGGGCCCUGCAGGCCCGGCCGGACAUUAACCUGAUCCUUUCCGGCCACACCCACGGGGGGCAGAUCUUCCCGCUGAACGUGGGCGCUUACUUGCUGAACCCCUUCUUUGUGGGGCUGUACAAAGUGGGGCAGAGUACCUUUGUGUAUGUCAGCCCGGGAACGGCCUAUUACGGGAUCCCAAUGAGACUGGGAAGCCGGGCAGAAAUUACAGAGAUCAUCCUUCGCUCUCCCUGAACGGAGACCUUCCUCUGCACUUCUGCCUCCAUCCCCAUUUCGGAGUAUUUUGUCUGCCUUAACCUGUGCUAGUCUACCCCUUUAGCUUUGCAAAUAGACACUGGGCUGCUUGCCCAGGUGGAAUUAGAAUUUAUAAUGGAUGUGAUGUGAAGAAAUCAGAUUUCUUAUUUUUCUACGUAAGUGGGGAGAGGCAUUUUGGUGAAAUGUUUAUACGGGAAAGUCAUCUUUUCUUAUUUAUUUGUUCAGCUGGUAAUAUAAUUUAUAUGGGGUUUGUUAAAUUUAUUAGGGGGAGGGAGCUUGGAGUUCGGAACAGACUACUAUGGUGUUUUACAGAGAUUUCUCGGUGAUAGGGGAAUGUUGAACACUUGGCAAUAUUUUAUUUUUUCUCUCAGGACUUUGCUUUCAGCAUUUAGCUCAGGCAGGUUUCCAAGGACUUUUUGAUUCAGGAGCUUUUUUAGAAAGGCAGUAGGAAGGCAAGUUAAAGAGGAAAUAAAUGUUCUCUCUUUUCAGUUCCAUCUAUGUUUCUCUCAGCCACUCUGGAGAUACUUUCAACUAAUGCAUCCUUAUUUUCCAUUAAAAUCCUGACAGCAUCAGAUUCUGAAUUCUGCCAUAGAGACCUAGAUCUCGUAAUCCUUUGAUGUACUUGGCUGAAGUAAUUAAUCACUAGCCACCUGUCCUAGAGAGAUGUCACCUAUUUGACCCUUAUCCUUUCUGCUUUUGAAGAAAAAAUACAUAUAACCUUGAGUAUUGCAUUUGAAGUCUGUUAAUAAUAAUAAUAAUACAUUUGUAGAGCACUUAGUUUAUGUAAUGGUUUUGCAUGACCUUUAUGGGUUUGGUGGAUGGUAGUCUCUGCAUUUUAAAAUGUCACCUACCUUCCAGAAUUGGUUGUUAGGCAGAUAAAAUGAAAUAAUAUUCAUAAAAUUCUUUGCAAACCUUAAAGCACUUUGUAGAUCCUAGUUAUUAUUAUUAUUAUUGUUUUGCAGAAAGAGACUGAGGCUCAAAGAGGCUCAGAUACCCAACCAGGGUCACAUGCCUGGAACAGAAAAAGCAGAACUUGGGCACAUUGGUGGAUAUUGCUGGGAGCUCUUUCCAUGAUCUCGAGCUGCUUUGGGACACCUGGUUAAUUCCUAUGUAGUAUUUGAUUUUAGGCUUCCUUCCUUGGGACACCCUUUAAAGGUACCAACAAGCUGAUUGAUCUUGCCAUAGCUUAUAUAUUCAUUAGUUCCAGGAUCCAGAAGUAGGUAGAUAUCUCGUUUUUCAGGGGCAUGGCAAUCUGAGGAAGGUGACCUCUUUUACCUUCUCUCCCCCCUUAGCCUUCCAAUGAUUAUUAAAUCAAUUCUUGAAUAUGGUCCUUAGUCAUUAGACUUACAGCUAGAAGGGAAUUUGGGACAUGGAGUAGGCCAUUACUCUCUUUACAGAUGAGGAAACAGGUGCAGGAAAUUUAAUCAUCAGAAAUGGGAUUUGAACCCAGGACCUUGGACUCCGGAAUCAGUGUCAUGCUUCCAUUCUGGCCACUCAUGUUAACCUGUACUGCCCAGUAUGGUCUCUGAAUCACCCAGUAGCAACUCUGCACAUGCCAUUCAUGGGGCCUUUGCCUGCAAAAGCACCCCAAAAGGGUAUGCUGUGAGCUUGGAAGAGCCCUCUGCAGUGAUCCUCUGCCAGAGGGAGUCUUUGCCAAUACUACUCAUAUAAGAAAUAGCUAGUUAAGGGUCCUUGCAGUUCUAAAAUACUAUGAUCGCAUCCUUUCUCCUUGUUUGCAUUUAGUAGGCACUUAAUAAAGGCAGAUUAUUUAUGGGGUGAAGAUUCAGACAUGACUGAACAACACACAACAAUUAAUCGGUGGACAGUUAAGUAUUGAAAUGAAUAGAAACUAGCCACGCAAUCCUGGACAAACCAUUUAACCCUGUUUGCCUCAGUUUCUGCCUCUGUAAAAUGAAUUGGACAAGGAAAUUGUAAACCAUGUUAGUAUUUUUGCCAGGAAAACUCCAGAUGAGGUUAGGAAGAGUUGGACGUGACUGAAGUGACUCAACAGAACAGCAAAUUAAUUGAUCUAUAUGGCUGUCAUCCUUCCAAAAUGGCUAGAAUGACAUUAUUCUCACUUGAACUUGGCAGUAAAAAUGAUUACUUGCAGGGCAAACUUGACACUAUCCAUGUCCUUGUAGAGAUAACUCUUUCAAAGGGAGAUUGGAUCUACAAAAGGAUAUAUAUAUACUAAACAUAAGUGAUUUUAGCUAUAAAUACAUUUAUCCAUGUGGAUUUUUUUAAAAAGAUAAAGGGAUUUAUUACUUGGUUCUUUUGGGAUGAUCUUGUCUGGCAACUUCCUGUUAGAAAUAAUGAAAUGGAGAACUAAAGAGAUAAAACUAAUAGUGAUAGUGUUGGCACCUUAUCCUUAUUUUUUAUCUAUUCUCCCUCAUAGGUUGUUCCUUUCCAAGCUUCAGUGCCUGAUUCAGUGUCCUAGGAGUGCUCAGUUAAUUGUGUCUCUGCUACUUCCUUAUCUGUUCAUGAAUCAUGGUUUUACAUGUGGAAGGACACCAGGUCUUUUAGUUCAUCUUUAUACAUUCAGGACAAAAACUCACCCCCCAGUCCAGUGGUCAGCUCAGUAUUCUGCCUACUACUUUUUAAAAAAUUAUUAAAAAAAAAAUUUUAAGUCUAAAUUCUCUCCCUUCCCUUCCUCCACUUAAUGAGAAGGCAAGCAAUGUGAUACCCAUGAUUCAGGAGAAAUCAUGCAAGAUAUGUAUAUUACUCACCGCUUCCAAGGUCUAGUCAUUGUACGCUUGCCAUCUGGCCUUUACAAGAUCACCGAAUUUCAGAAUUGUGAGGGACACAUAGUCCAACCCACACUUGAAUGAUAAUUCAUUCUCUGUCACCCCAAUACACCUAAGGAAUCUCACCUGACAAGUGCUCCUGAUGCAUUCCCUCAGAGAUCUCCAGGGAACAGGAACUCUAGCUCCCUAAGCUGCUUUUUCAGUGCUGGACAGCUCUCAUUAUUAGGAAGCUGUUUCUCACAUUUCACUUACUUUACACUUUUUUUUUUUAAACUAUGUCCUCACAUGGACUGUCUCCUGGGACCAAGUGGAAGAAUAUUUGAAAAUGGCUCUUGUUCUCUCUCCCCCCGAAUUCCCCAUUUAAAUACAUUUGGUUGUGAAUGCUCUUUCACUAUUGCUGGUUCAUCUUGUUCAUCAUUAUAGCUUUUGUCCCCUGUCCUGAAAGGAGAAACAUUAACCCAUUUUCUUUGAUCUUGAUUCUGCUGCUUCCUUGUGCUCACAGUAUAAUUUGUUCUUUGCCUUUCAAAUUUCUCUACAAUCCUGGAUUUAAUCAAUUUAUCAUUUCCCCAGUCAUUACUAUGUAUAUUGAAAUGGGUUUUAGAUGUUCACCUCAAGAGACCUCGGGAGUCUCUCAUUGGUGGUCAUCCCUUCAGCUGCAUUAGAACAUUUGCUCUGUACCUAAUGGAUUCAGUCUGAUGGUACUCACUUCUUGGCUUUUGAAUUUGUUUAGUAGUCGUGGGGAAAUGCCUUUUGUCUGUGUCUUAGAUCUGUGAGCCACAUAAUCUUGGCAUGAAUUCAUUCCCUUCUGGGUCUUUGUGAAAUUUCUACUAAGUUUAAUACUGCCAUCCUCCCUCCCUGGCUCUGCCCACUGAAAUUCUAUUCAUCCAUCGAUGACCAUCUUAAAUCCUACUGCUCUAACAAGCCUCCCCACAAGGGUCAGCUUGAUUUCUUCCUCCUUGGUGGUUCUUCUGACUCCCCUGUCCCCACCUUUUGAGUACUUGUAGAGUAGUGCCUUGCAUAUAGUUGGUGCUUAAUAUUUAUUGACUGACACUUCAUAUUUUCCUUAUUGGUGAACUGGUUUUAUCUUCCUUUCUAUCAGCUUCUGGGGGACAAGUGUCUUGUUUUAAUCUUUGCCUAUCUCUCGGUAUUUCCCUUGGGUAUUUUCCAAUAUACUUCUCAUAAAUUGGAGGAAUUAUGGGAUCAUAAUCUUACUAGAUUUAGAUCUGAAAGUACCCCAGCGGCCAUCAAGCCCUACCUCUUCAAUUUAUAAAGGAACUGCUACUGAGUUUUAGAGAAGCGGUGGGGUCCUAUAGGAGUAGGGGAACAUCCUACCAGAAGUGGGCUCACUGUGGGGAAAAGGUAGAGAUGGGAUCAUUGAUCUGGAACCAUCUUUUCCAACAAAUAGGGAAACAGAUCACGUAUUAAGUCUCAGGUGAGAUUCGAACCUUUAUCCCUCCUUAAACUCCCUUCUGGCCUUCCUUAGCCUUAAUGCCUUCCUUCUGAGACUACUCCUGAUUUAUUCUGUUUUUGUCUUGUUUGUUACCUCAAGUGGAAUCGCAAAGAGCGAACAAUUGAGCAGCAGGAACAGUUUUACCCAUAUUCUCUCCCUGUAUUAGACUGAGAACAGGGACUGGAUUUUUUUUUCUCCUUUUUCUUUGCCUUUUUUGAUAUCCCCAUCACUUGGCAUGGUGCUUGGUACAUAGUUGGUGCUUAAUAAAUGUUGGUUGCUUGGAGUGACUUUAGAGUCAAUGCUCCUUUUCCUGCACUUGAUUCCUUCUUGGCUCCAUUGUGAAGGGAUCUUUGGGAUCACUUGACAUAUCCUGAUGGUUUUGAACCCCUUGUGAAACCCUAACACCCCCCCAAAUCUUUACUCUGGAGUAUUGAGGUGGAAGCUAAAGGUUGUUGGGGAGAUUAGGGAAGCCAAAUAUGGGAAUAUGCACAAUCGGCAUGUUGGCCAGUAGGUGUCAGUGUUUUGUAGCUAGUGGUGUUUGAAUUACAUCCCCAUUGCUGGCUGCUUUAUGAUUCCUCAUCUGUGAAAUGGGAAUAAUGGGAAGAGCAAGAAAUAGGUAAUAGGUUAUCUCCUAGGGUUCUUACAAAGGUUCAUUGAGAUGACAUAUGUAACACACUUUGCCACCCUCAAAAAAUGCUACUAGGGGUUCAUGACUAAACCAACUCAUAUAGCUUUUUCUUGUUAGAAUAGUAACCCAUCAGCAAGCUUACUGUGUACGAGGUCCUAGUUUUUUUUUGUUAGAGUAGUAGCCCAGGUUCUCUAUCAUCAGUAAGCAUUUAGUGAGUACCUGCUGUGUACCAGGCGCUAGGUUCUUUUUUAUUAGAGCUAGUAGCCCAGGUUCUCUAUCACAUCAGCCAUAUACCAGGCACUUAAUACUCUUUUUUUUUUUUUUUUUGGUUAGAAUUGGCAGCCCAGGCUCUCCAUCGAUCAUCAGCAAGCAUUUAGUGAGGGUCUACUAUAUACAGCCACUCAUUCUUUUUUUUGUUAGUGUUAGUAGCUCAAGUUCUUUAUCAGUGAUCAGCAAGCAUUUAGUAAGUGGUUACUAUGUAUUAUGUGUGCCGGGGAGGGAGGGGUAAGUCAUAAAGGAAAAAAAAGACUGCCCCUCUCCCUUCAAGGAGCUUCCAUUCCAAAGGUUUCUUCAAAAUCUUACAGCUGAGAAGGUCAUUCAUAUGAGGAACUCUUACUGCAGUCCCAAGGCCGUGGGAAAGGGCAUUUAUCUAGUACAUAAUUGUGGAAUUUAAGGAUGAGGAGGUUCCUCAUUCCAUUAAAGAAGCCAAAGUUGCUGCUAUUAAUAUUGUUCAUAUAUGCUCUAGAAAAUAUCUGUCGUCAUGAUAUUGUGCUAUAAACUGUUCAGUUCCUGUUCCGUUUUUUCCUAAUCCUGAAAUGUACACAAAUAAUGUAAUAAGAACGCGAAUUGGUAUGAAGGGAAGGAAAGCAAAGGGAACGAAUCUUCACAGAUCCCUUUAUGUGAAUUGAAUGUUAUAUGCAAUAUUUUGAGUCAAUUUCAAUGACCAUAGGAAUGUUUCAGUAGGAGAGAGAAUUUUGAAAAAGACAAGAGCAGUUAAUAAGCAUUUAUUUCAAGUCUGUGCACUGUGAAUUUCCCAUCUUCCCUUAAGCAAUAUUUGUAUUAUAUCCAUGUGAGUGAUAGUGAUGGGGGCCAUGGUAUUUAUGUGGUUUACUUUGAAUUGAAUUAUUUUUGUAUCCAAUUAGCUUUUCUAAGAUCACUUAAGUUGUAAACACAUAUUUCAGCAGCACCCACACAACUGCAUUCUGAUUAUGAAAUAAAAAUAUCACACUUGGAUAUCA